AUGGCCAAAGCAAGAGCCCAACCCUCCAAGCGGUCCCGGGCCGCGCGCCGAGCCACGUCGCCGAGCAUCGACACGGACAAAUCCCUCAAGACAGCGCAGCCGCCGCGCAGCGGCAAGCCCACGGAGCGACCGGCGGUGCUCGCCGUGCAGCACGCCGCCGGGGUACAGAAGAAGACGAGCCAGCGCAAGGCGCACGUGUCGGCCAAGGCGCGGCGGCGCAAGGAGCGCGGCGCCGAAAUGGCCGAGGCCGUGCUCGAGCGCACGGCCGGCAAGGUCCGCCGCAGCUGGGACCGGCUCCGCGUCGUGGAUGGCAGGAGGCAGGCGUGGGAUGCCAUCAACAAGGACGUGAAUGGGGACGAGGAAGAGGAGGAGCCGGCGGAGAAGAAGAACAAGAAGAGCAAGACACAGACCAGGGAGGACAAGCAGGACAAGGAGGAAGGGUGGGAGACGGACGAGAAUGAGGAGGCCAAGUCGGUGCAGCUGGUGCAGCCGGUCGUGGAUGAUGGUCUGGAUGAAAUCAUGUGA